AUGCUACAACAGAUCACCUUGGCGCCGAAGCCACAAGUUGGUGAGUUUGCGACCGUCGCGCGUUCCCUUGAAGGCCGAAUGUUAGGUGACGCUUCCUCGGAGGCCUCGUCGGAUGCGGUGGAUGAUACAGAUUUGCCCGACUGCAAAAUAAGAAGGAAUUAUAACUGCUCAAAAUGCAAGUUUUACACUCAAAACCCGCGCGUAUAUCUUUUACACGCGAGGGAUGUUCACUUCGAAAAAUUUAAGAUUUACGAAUGCCCUUAUUGCAUCUAUGCUUCACGGCAUAAUCAGAAAUUGAUGAGACAUAUUAAAACGCAUGAAGAUGUCAACUUGACCAGAACAAAUGAAAGCGAUAUAAAUACCAUAGCCAACGACACGGUCGGUAAAAUCGAGAGAAAUAUUGAAGAUUUUCUGGAAGAAGUCGAAGAAGUUGAUGACAACAAUAUGCAAAUUGAUGUUGAAGAGUGUAAUUAUGACACAAAUAUGCGCCAGAUUGCAGACGAAAACUCCACCAAUGCCAAGUCAGAAUCUAAGGACACAGGAAGCUUCUACUCCUGUGAAAAAUGUUGUUAUGCUACCCAUAUAAAAGCAAGAUACACGAAACAUGUCAAAUAUCAUUCUCUGCCCAUGAUAAAGUGUAGUGUAUGUGAUUUUCGAACACCUUACAAGUGGAAUUUAGACCGGCACAUGAGAAAUCAUGGAGGUAAUGGGAGCUUUCACUGCACAAUGUGCAACUUCACAACCGAUAUUAAGCAAAGCAUGACAGUUCACGAAAUAAACCAUCACGAGCAGCUUCACUUAGGACAAGCGAGGCUUAACAGUCGCCGUAAUCGCGUGGGCGGCAGUGAUUUAAACAGUGCUAUGGAUUGUGAUGAGGAAUCGCUGAUUGUGAAGGAGGAAGAGAGCUGUGACUCGCAGGACUCACAGUGUGUGUCGGAAACGGGGUCUCAAUUUAUUGAAAAAGAAAUGGUUAACUGCAAUAGUGAUUCAAACGAAGCCACCUCAUCAGAAAUUGCAGCCAAGGGCGACAUGCAACUUCAAAAUGUUACUACAGAAGACUCUAAGAAACACUGCAGAAAGAUACCUCGGCCGAUACCACAACUGAUUCCAUUAACUUCCACUCCAAACCCAAAAACACAAACAGGUGAACCACCCGCCAAAAAACUCAAAGAAGAUACCGAAACUACUGAAAAUUCUAUUGUUAAACAUGAUAAUCAGACAAUGGAUGUUUCAUUAACGCCGGUUGUCAACAUACCAGGAAAGGAACGUAAAAAGAACGAAUCGUUUUUCGAUAGAUUAAAGGAACGUAUACUCACUGAAACGGGGGAAGACGGGUCUUUAAUAUGCAAAAAUUGUGGAUUUGAAAGCAAAUGUUUGUCCGAACAUUCGGUUCACGAAAAGAAUUGUGUCACAAAUAGAAGCUCAACCAAUACAUUACUUCCAAAUUUAGGUUCUACAAGAUGUCAGAAUUGUCGACAUAGGUGUAAGUCUAGUGCAGAUUUAGUCAUUCAUUUAAAAACAUGUGGCAAAGAUAUGAAGAGAAGUGAUGAAAAACAUGAAGACAUACAAAAUCAAGAUAGUAAUGAAACAUCAAAUAUAACUGAGAAGGAAAUUGAACCACAUCCAAUGGAGAACGUUGUAUUCGUUUGGAAUAAUAUAAACACAGAUUCAAACAAAUUCGACACGCCGCUUGAUAUUAACAUCAACGAUGAUUCAACAAUGCCAGAAAAUAAAUUUCUUGACUCAGAAAUUGUUGAUGACAAUGAAGCUAUGAAUCUAUCACCAAGCCAAGCAGUUGGUAAGAGAGUUUUUAAAUGCCCACACUGUUUGUUUUGGGCAUCAACUGCGUCACGAUUUCACGUGCAUAUCGUUGCGCAUUUAAAUAGAAAACCAUUCGAAUGUUCACUGUGUAAAUACAAGUCCAAUUGGCGUUGGGAUAUCACGAAACAUAUAAAACUUAAAUCAGCAAGAGAUCCUGACCACGCCGAAGCACAAGUACUGAUGACAGACGAAACAGGUCGGCGUAAUUAUAGCAAGUAUAACAAAUUCUUAGCUAUGCCAGUCUUAAAUGAUAAAGGAGAGAAUGAAUUUCAUUAUAUCGAUCCUAAUACUCCUCUGGAUGCCAGUUUGGAUGAUGAAAACCUUUAUGAAGGCAACGAUAGCGUCAAUACUCCAUAUGAAAGUGGACAACCACUUAAUCUACAAACGUUAAAUCAAAAUAGAUUUGACAAUGAUAACUCUAUGAAAAAGGCGAAGAAGACUAUUUGGAAAUGCAAAAAAUGCAAUUACAAGGAUUCGUCAAAGGACGCUUUACUGGAACAUGUUCGAGAACACGCGAGAGCUGAAGAGAACGACAAGUCUCAAGUGAAGAAAGCAGAAACUGUAAUAGAUCCGGCUGAUUUGGCAUAUAGAUGUGGACAUUGCAAUCAGUUGUCGAAUUGGAAACAUGUUAUACAAAGACACUGCCGCUUGAAGCACGACGGAAUUAUCAACGUUAUUACAACACUGAAGCCCAAACCAGACCCGAACGCUCCGUCGAACGAAAUGAACAGUGACAUGUGCACUAAAUGCCCAUUUAAAACUAACGACAAGAAUUCGUUACUGGUCCAUCUACAAAACCAUCAACCCUCGCCACAGUCUAUAUUCAAAUGUUAUUUCUGCCCCUAUUUUGUUAAAGACGAGCAAGAACUCAUUCAACAUCUCGUAUUACAUGGAGUAAACGAUCCAGAAGAAUAUAUUUCAAAAGCGUUGGGAAGUAAAUCACCUCUACCAGACCCAUUUAACUCCCAACUCAAUCUCAAUAUAUCGGCUGUAGCGAAGCGACACAAAUGCAAUGAAUGUCCGUAUGAAACUAACAGCAAAUCUCAGUUUAUGUACCAUGAACAAUUUCAUCGACUAUCCUCCGCUGAUACGCCGUAUCAGUGUUCACAGUGCAAUUACAGUGUAUCUAAAAGGCAUUUGCUUAGUCAGCAUUUACGAGUCCACGCUGGACAGAGAAAGAGCGAGUCGGACAUAGAUUUGGAUUCCAAUGAUAGUGAUGACUUACCAUAUGUAUGGGUAUCGGCUAAGGACGAGUUCCAUAAAAUGUAUAAAUGUCGAUAUUGUUCAUACGUAAAUGCAAGAAAAUGUGAAAUACUUUAUCAUGAACAGAUACAUUUUGUCGUCUUUGAAAACUGUGAUAUCACUAUAUAUAAAUGUUUGGAGUGCAAGUUGACUUGUUCAACUAAAUUACAACUCGCUAAUCACUCAAAAACACACUCUGAAAUAUACGGCCGAAUCUACUGUCUUGUAGACUUUGAUAUUCCUGAUGAGGAACAAAUCGCUAAAUUAAGAAAAGUCCUCGAAGCAGAGAAACACAACAAGACUGAUGAUUUACCCAGAGAAGACGCCGUGUGGGGCGAACGCAAAGAAAUCAAAACUAUGUUCUUCUGUCACAAAUGCCCGGCAAGAUUCUUCUCUGAAAACGAACUUAAUAUUCAUUCUAAAUUCCACGAUUCGACCUUUCCACAUAAAUGCAAAACUUGUGAAUUCUCCGUACUCCAUGAAAGUGAAUUGAUGGAACAUAAUUUUGUUCACACAGAUGAAUAUAACACGAAGACCAAAAUGCUGAAAUUUAUACACAACUUACAUCCAGAUUACAAAGCUCCUCGGGUACAAUUCAUUCACUGUCCAGUAUCUUCUGAAGGGUCCUGGGUUGUUUCAAAAAUUAAUACUAUAGUUGAAUACACGGAAACUAGCACUAAAAAGCAUUCCGAACAAAAGCAUACUCCUAAACAGUACCCGUGUAAAGAAUGUCCUGCAAAAUUUUUCAAGAGUUCUGCAUUGAACUAUCAUGUGGGCUUACACGGAGGUGAAGGAGACCAUAAGUGCAAAAAAUGUAGUUAUACUGUUAAAAAUAUUGGUAAUCUCGCAAAACAUGAACUCUUACACGAAAAUGAAGGUAAAGCACCGGCAGGUGACUAUGAGUCUGGGGAUGACAUGGACUAUAAGAAUGUUCCCCUAUCGGGCACAGAUUUAUUUCAGCGGAAAACUGAGGCUCAGAAACGAGUCCUUACCGAUAAAGAUAAGUUAGUAAGGCCCAAUGAUCACUUCCCUCCUGUUUUACAAGCUGAUCCCCAAUUCGGCUACCUGAUGCACGGAAACCCGGAAUUUAUCUAUCCAACUUAUUUAAAGAAUGGUAGACAGAAAGAAAAAAGAUAUAAGUGUCAUAAAUGUCCGUCUGCGUUUGAAAAACGUGAGCAAUAUAAAAUUCAUUUAUCAUUACACGGUUCUAAGCAGAGAUAUAAAUGUGAAAUAUGUGAUUAUUCAGUGAAGUAUUAUGCAAACUAUGUUCAACACAUGCGGAAACAUCAAAUGAAUGAUGAAGCCCAAGCAGAAAGGAAGAAAAGCAUGGAUGGCUUUACCGAAAACGAGGGCGAUGUAAAUAAAACGAGUAAAGUGGAUGACAAAGGAGAGCAAAUAAAAUUAGCUAUCAAAACAAUGCCCACGAGAGUGAAAAGUGAUUUCCAACAAUUUUCAGUUAGUGAUCAACAAACACUGCGUUUGCUACAACGUCGUCGAUCUGUUACUACCAAUGAGGCCAUACAAAAUGAUACUUCUCCUACGAAAGAUCGAAAAAUGCAUAUGUGUCUUCUGUGUCCAUAUACUAAUCAACGCCAAGAUGCUCUUCAUAACCACUACAAAAGACACGGAGAUAAUGACGUCUACGGAAGUAACCAUAGAUGCUCAUUUUGCGAUUUAGUCGUAAUCCAAUCCCACUUUCUACGAGAACAUUUCAAAACACACUUCAAUUAUAUGAAGAAUCUCACCCCUGAAUGUUUUAUCGCCAACGAAGACGUCAAUUUCACGGUUAAGUACGAAGACGACGAAAAUAUCGAGCCGUCGGACAUUAAACUCGAUAUGCAGAAGAGAACCCCAUUAUCCGAUGAAAACAAAAUUUUCGUCAAAAUACAGACUGGAGAAGUCGUCGAUUGA